AUGAGCGACAUACGACCGACCGCGAAAUGGGCAAAUCGCAUACUCCGCCCCUUGACAUCCAUCUACCGCCGAUUAGAAAAACACCAGGAAAACCUACAAACCGUCGCGAACACGAAAAUUGUCAAAGAACGGUCCGGAGUCCCUAGUACCGGCAUUGGCUCUGCCUCUACCUCGCGCGGGUCCUCAAAAGCCCCGACUACGACGGCCACUAAUGCGGACCGAGACUCGGGUUCAGACGGCGAAGAGGACGACCCUGCAUGGGUCCCCGGGAAGCCUGAAGGGCGGAAAAUUCGACAUAACUAUUCGAGUCGGGGAAAGCGCAGUGCUAGUCGGGGUGGGAGGAGGCGGAGUCGGAUGUCGAUUCGCAGCCCCGAGGUGCAGAAAACGUUACCUGGUGCGAUUGAGAUCGCGACGCCGUUGCUCGCUGGGAAACUAGCGAGGGGAGGUUUAUCGGGGGAGACGUCUGCGCGCAGGCGAUUGUUUCGUGAUGCUUCGCCGGUGAUGGACGAAUUGGAUGUUGAGGAUACGCGCAAGACGACACGACCGUAUCACAAUUUCACUGCGAGCUAUGGGUAUAGUGGGUCGUGGAGGGAGGCGCUGGAUCGGUCUGGUGAUCCGGGGCUUGUCGAGAUUGCGCGUCUUUUGGAUCGUUUAUUUUUGACGUUUUUGCAUAAUACCAGGAUACGUGCUACUGCAUCUUUAUCGUCGAAACAGAAGAGUCGUGGGGCUCGGUCACUGCUGUCGAUGACUGUGCGGCGGUUACCGGAGUUUAUCGCGGAGGAGCAGAUGGCUCAAGAUGAAGCAGACGAAGAUGGCGAUGAAGAUAUGUGUGAUGCAUACUUCACGGAACUCGAAGCUCACUACGCGCCUAGUGGGAAUGGUUGGCAACCGCUCCGUGAAGCCGUGCGCGCACAAGGGAUUUAUCUGGUCUCGGAGAUGCUACAGAAGGAGUGUGUCACCAGGCAUAUCGCUUGCCACUUAUUGGAGGAAUGCAUGAAUAACCAGGAACAUGACGCUUUUGAAUCAUUACUGUCCAAGUUUUUAUGUACUAUGGACGAGAUAUAUGAUUAUCCGAUGGGUUUUGAUUCUAUCAUAUCAUCCAGUUCUCGUGAAGACCCAGUCCAGUUACUAGCUACCUACUGUUCACGAUUCCCCGGGCGUCGAUCUUCGGUUUACGAGGAAUUGGCGAAACUUCUUGUUCGCAGAGUCGUGCCAGCUGAAUGGAUGGUGACUGCGCAAUGGAAGAAGUACGUGGACGCCGCGAUUCGGUCAAUAUCUACAGGGGCAGACGAUUCUGUAGCUGCGGCUCAUCUGAUCGAGGCUGUGGUUCUUUCGGCCAGCGGCGUUUUCCCGGUCACGUAUGAGACUAGUGUGGGAUGUGAAGAUCAGCUCUGUCCCGUCCCAGUCAAGGACGCCCUCAGCAAUCUCACGUUGAGUCUGAUCACUGCCCUGUGCGGGAUGUACCUAGCGCGAUCCCGUUCUCCCACGCCCGGGACUGAGCCGGAAGGCGUUAAUCUGAGGGUUAGGGCCAUAGUGGGAUCCCUCGCAUUCACGGUACAACAAAAGAUAGAAAUCCGGUCUUCGCCAGAAGUCGAUUUCUCGGCAUUCCAUUCUCUGCGCCGAGGCUGCAUCCUGCUUGGCGAGCGCUUACUUCAAUGUGAUGAAGUCUCAUAUGACACCUUCCAGCCCAACAGCCAAGAACCCCGCAACAUAGACUCCUUUUAUGUCUCACUCUCAUCUCAGUCGGGCGUGAUCAAAGAGCUGGCCAUCUUGGCUAGACAGGUCUUUCGCUGUUGCGAGCGCGUGCACGGAAGUGAUGCUCAACCAGGUACAUCUCCAGAGGUACGUGCCAAGGUCGGGCAGCUGGCUGAGUUUAGCGACGAGCAUGGACUCUCCACAUUCCUUGGCAAGGUAGCUGCGGAGACUGCGAUGCAGCUUGCUGAGGCGACGGUGUAUCCGGAUGACCAUGUUUGGGCGGCGGAGAUUCAGGAGCGGGUUGUUGCCAGACAACAGGAGCUAUCGUAUAGGACGAGGGUCUACGAAUCAGAAGACGACGAUGACGGGCCUGGGCUGUAUCGCUGGGAAGAAAGUAUUGAGGAAUGGGUUGCCAGGACACCCAAGUCCAAGAGCAAAUCAGCUGAUUUCGCACAGAUUUCGCCAGUGGAGACUGACCUGGACAGCCGGGCCUCUUCUCCUGCUUCCUUUGCCAGCGUAUCUGCAUCAUCGCAGUCGGAUGAGGACUCCGCAUCGAGCGUGACGUCCGCAUCCUCGCUACCGGUCAAGAGGACAUUCCCCGGCCGAGGGGAGCCGUCACGAGCACCGAAAAGACUCCGAUCAAUGAAUUGGAAGUCGCGUGACGAUCAGAUGCAGCAAAUAUCAGCCAUCCCCCCGACACCGGCGACCUCGGACGACAGCGCCGAUGACUGGGAGGAAUACGGCUAUCAUCCUGGCAGACGCGGCAUGCUAGACACCUGGACGCAGGAACGGUCCCUUCAACGAAUGAGUGUACCCGAAGGCGGACAGUCCGUGGGAUUCCAGCGGAUGCUCGAGGUGGUUAUCACACACAAACGGCAAACAAGAUCACCGAAUAUGGGGGAAAUGAGGGCAAACAAGCCUCAAGAAGGUUCAUCGUAUUCCGCUGAUCGACAGUUGCGACCUCGCCGGCCGGGACGACAUUCGUGGGCGAGUUCGCUUGCGAAGCGGACGUCUACCGGGAGCGAAUGUGGUUCGUCGUCUGCUGGGACCACCGGCAAUGCUUCGCUGGUAGGCACUACGAUCAUCCCACGGACACCAGCGAUGAUCCCGAUGAUACCGUGUUCGCCGAAGGAUGAUAGCGAUGAUGAGCUUAGCUUUCUUUAA